AUGGUGGUCUACGACGUGACAGACGAAGGCAGUUUCCACAGCAUGCAGAGUUUCUUUGUGCCGGAGAUACGCAAACGGGGAAGGGAGAACGCCCCUGUGCUGUUGGUUGGCAACAAAACGGACAAGUGCAUUGGCAGGGCUGAAGAUUGCCAGUUAGCCAAGGGCUUUGCAGUUGACAACAAGAUGCCAUUCCUGGAGGUCUGUGCAUGGGAGGCCAAGACUGUGCAUCGAGCAUUCAUGACGCUUGUUCGUGCAGUCAUGGGCAGGCCUUGCUGCCCUAGUGCAGAAACUGAAGACUGCAUUCCAGACAUAUGUGGGGACUACGGCAAGCUUUGCGACGUCACUCUGGUGGUGCAAGGGACCGAGCUGCCAGCGCACAGCCAAGUGCUGGCGCUCGAGUCUUGCUUUUUCCGUAAAAUGUUUGCUGACCUGCUGGGCGACGGGCAGUCGCGGGAUGGGGGCACACUGCGUGUGCCACUGGACGACUCCAUUUCAGUCGAAGAUGCCAAAACCCUGAUAGCGUUCCUCUACCAUAGGAGGUCUGAGGUGGAUGAGGUCAAAGAAGCGGAGCUUUUGACGUGGAUGGCUGACAAGUAUGACGUUCCGCGUUUACUUUGGAUCUGCGAGACAAAGCUGUGCGAGGUGGCGGAUCAGAUGUACAACUCAAUGCUGGCUGAGGAACGGGCGGAUCAACGUGCUCGGACAGUGUGGCGCAGCACACACGAGCACUUGGAUGCUGCUCUGUGGCUGUCUGAAGCAGAGCGAUUGGGGAUGGAUAGAUUGGUGAAGUCGUGCCGGCGAUUGGUGCUCAGACCUAGACAAAAACGCACAGAAACGGCCGGCACAGCAACCCACAUUGCAACGAGCGUUCGGAAUUUAAUCUCUGACGCUGUGCUGAAAAUGCAAGGAGUGCGUUUCCGUAGGAUAUUUGGCAGGAGCAGUCCCCUUGGGGAACUCGCUGAUGACUGA